AUGCACACAACAACAAACUAUCUGUUGAUGAACUUGGCUAUAGCCGAUUUUCUAUCGUUGUUAUUUUGUCCGGGUUUCUACGACUUUGCACUACACAAGUUUCAUUUGGGCUCCGGAACACUGGGUGACAUCUUUUGCAAGUUUAUUGCAGGAAAUGUAAUCGUUUGUGUCUCUUUCGAUGCCUCUGUGUUAACUCUGUGUGCCAUUGCAAUGGAGCGCUACCUUGGUAUUGUCAAACCUUUCAACAAACGUUGGGCUCUGACGAAAAAGAAUGUAAAGUUUAUUAUUCUUGUUAUUUGGGUCACAGCUUUUUUUUCAAGCUUUCCAGAUACGCUAUGGACGAAGCACAAUAACGAAGACACGCCAUGGCGGUAUCCCUGCACGCGUCCAUGGACAGUUAAGAACCAGACUGUAAAGAAUGAAUGUAAAGUUUAUUAUUCUUGUUAUUUGGGUCACAGCUUUUUUUUCAAGCUUUCCAGAUACGCUAUGGACGAAGCACAAUAACGAAGACACGCCGUGGCGGUAUCCCUGCACGCGUCCAUGGACAGUUAAAAACCAGACUUGGAACGUCAAAGCUUACAUCCUUGGCCAUUCUGUCGCUCUAAUUGUGCUCCCUUCAAUUUUUCUUUGCUUUUGCUAUAUUUCAAGUUCCGCAGCACUUAAGUCAAGCGCAGGUGAACCGGAUGAAGAUCCCGCUAGCAAACGGAACAUGAAAAGGCUCUUAAAGCUUCUCAUCCUGUUAGCUUUGGCAUUUUGCAUACUCUGCCUUCCAUUUGCUGUCUUCUUUUUAUAUGUCACCGCACUCGCCCCUAGUCAUUUAGAGCAAAGUUUUAAACCGUUGUUUCUGGCACAUAGAAUCGUUCGUUUUUUGAUAUUUUCUAACUCAUUCGUAAACCCUCUUCUUUACGCUGCUCAAAGCAAAAACUACAGAAAAGUUUUAUUUCAGAAACUUCGCUUUAAAAACAACACACGUAACACAGAAAACGAAGCC